AUGGUAGCCAUGUUCGUAGGAGGACGCACCGGAAUGUGCAGCAACAUGUUGGAAGCCAUCCCCAACCCUUCCCUUCCUGCCCGCCCCACAUCGCUUAGACCAACCAGUUUCUGCUUCCAAUCCGCCCGCGGAUCCUCUCAGGCUUUUAAGAGAGCGGGGGAUUACGGCGGUGUGGUGGAUAGAAAUGCUAUCAAAGCGAAGGAGUACGUGGAGAAGGUCGAGGCGAUGGGAGACAGGACCAAGGAAGCAGCGAGCUCGAUGACCGAGGCGGCAAAGGAGAAGGUGAAAGAGAAGGCCGACUCGGUGGCAGCGAGGGUGGAGUCCGCAGAUGCUGCACGCGAGAACGCGAAGGAAGGCGUGACCAAAGCCAAGGACGAGACCAAGUCUAUUGUAGAGAAGGCGAAGGACAAGACGGAGGAGGCAGCGGCGGCGGUGGGGGAGAAGGCGAAGCAGACGAUGCAGUACGCAUGGGAGGCAGCGAAGGAGACGACGCAGAAGAUCAAGGAGACUGUGGUGGGGAAGGACGUGUGA